AUGUCAGGCCUGGCUCACCUCCAGAACCAGGAACCUGAGUCUGCAGAUGCUCUGGGCCCCACAGCAGAAGCUUUCCUAGUCCCCAGAGAGGGCCAUCUUAAGUCCUCCAUCUCCCGAACACAUCCUUUCCUGCUGCCCACCCUCACCCCCACCCCUGCCACCUGCAUCCAACCACAAAGUCUGAGCACAGGGCACACGGUUUCGGCAGCUCACAGGCCCUUGCUGACCCACCCUCCUCACCCCUCCUCCGCCUUCCUGCCUCCCCCUUCCCAGGCUGACCGGACGACGUGCCCUUGCCCUGACCGGUUGCUCAGCCUUGCCUCUGCUCCUCUGCACAUCUGGCUCUCUCUGAUCCCAACCCCUCCCCACACCCCCUUCCUCUUCUCCCCCAUCUCCUCUGAGAAGCUGGCCUGCAGGCCCCAGCCUGCUCUCCCAUCACCUCUAACAGACUUCUUCUUGGUUUUACAGCCCGAACCCCAGACUGGAGACUUGACUGAGAUAUCUCGCUGUUGCUACAGCCACUGGGCUGUCUGCGUUGGUGAUGGAUAUGUGGUACACGUGGCACCCCCAAGAAAAAUCCCGGGAGCUGAUGGGGCCAGUAUCAUGUCUUCAGUGGUUGACAAGGCCUUCGUGAAGAAGGAGCGGCUGCGUGCCGUAGUUGGGGGAGAUACGCACAGGGUCAACAACAAGCACGAUGACAAGCACAACCCUUUCCCUCCCAGGAAAACCAUCCAGCCGGCAGAGGAGCUGGUGGAGGAGCUGGUGGACCAGGAGUUCUGCUGCAGCCUGAUCAUCAAUUACUGCGAGUUUAUCAUCCUUGAGCCUCUCUACACGGUCCCCCACAGCAACUAG